AUGUCAGAUUUUAAUAAUUAUGGUAAUUAUGGUGAUGGUGAUGGUGGUUUCGAUGUAAGUCAAAAUACUGGUGGUGGUUUCAACAAUGAUCAUAGUACCGGUGGUAAUGGAUCUCAAAGAAAUCAAUUAAGACAACUGUUAACACCGGUUACAAUUAAACAAAUUAAUGAUUCAACUCAGUUAAAUCCAGAUGGUGAGUUUAAAAUUCAUAAUGUUGAAUUAAAUAUGAUUUCAUUCAUUGGUAUAAUUAGAAAAGUCACAACUCAUCAAUCAGCAAUAAUAAUGACAAUUGAAGAUGGAACGGGAUCUAUUGAAGUUCGUAAAUGGAUAGCAGGUAUGUAAGGAAGCAAGUAUAGUAAAGGAUGUAGUACUAACAUUUAUUUCAGAAAACGAUAGCUCAAUUUCAUUAACUGAAGAAGAAGAAAAAUUUUCAUCAUUUGUAAAUGAAAAAUAUAUAUUUGUUGGUGGUUCAUUAAGACAAUUUAAUAAUAAAAAAACUAUACAAAAUGCAAUUUUUUAUCCAAUUGAAGAUUCGAAUCAAAUAAUUUAUCAUCACUUAAGUGCUAUUGAAAAUCAUUUAAGAUGUCAAGGAAUACCAAAGAAUACUACUACAAAAACUGAAAAUAAGUUAUUUGUUGAUAAUGUUAAUCCAAAUAAAUCUUCUGGUUCUACUAUUGAUAAAGUUUUACAAGUUUUAAAAGAUAAUAGUUCUACGAUGAGUGAAGGUGUUCAAUUAGAAUAUGUUGUUCAAAAAUUGAAUAUAUCAAGAGAAGAUGCAAAAAAUUAUUGUGAUGAAUUAAUUGAAAGUGGUAAAAUUUAUACUGGUUUUGAUGAUAAUACUUAUAUAGCAAUUUGA